AUGUAUGAACGGGAAGGGAACGGCGUACUCACUCACCCAGGUCGAACGGUCUCCAACGUUAAUCAGUCCGAUCCCGGUCCAACCCCGGUCCAACCCUGGUCCUAUCCCGGUCCGACCCCGGUCCUGGAGAAAACUCCACUCUCUGCAGUGGAGGAAGAAGGGUCUGCUCCUCCUCUCGGUGGAACUGAAGAAAAGUCCCGCCCGCUCUCAGUCAUGGCCGUGAAGGACGGUCCAGGACCAAAGCUGGAAGGCACAGCUGGAGGGAAACCUCGGCAGGGGGAGAACUACGAGUCAUCGGUCUCUCAGGAGAAAAAAGACUCCGAUGAUCCGAUCAGUAUUAAGACAGAUAAGUCGGGCCGUCUCCUGCUUGAGUCUCCGGCUGAUCUUCAGAAUCUUCUUCUGCUGAGGAAAACAAAGAGAGAGCAGAAAGCUGCGAUGAGGAAACCUGCAGCGCCCCCUGCUGUCCAGAUGGUGCCAUAUUAUGUUGAUGAGGAAGAUUUCUUUAAAGCCUGCGAUCACAAUCAGCUGCAGGUGAUUGAGAGGUACCUGUCAACAGGUGGAGACGUGGACGCCUGUGACACGUUUAAGCGUUCAGGACUGCACAGAGCGUCCUCUAAAGGUCACACAGAGGUCAUCUGUAAACUGAUCCAAGCCGGAGCAAACGUUCACCUGAGAGACAAGCUCUGGUCCACGUGUCUUCACUCCGUGUGUCGAGGAGGAAAUCAGUGUGCACUCAAACUGCUGCUGAACCACGGGGCUGACAUCACUGCCAAAGACAAGCUUGACAGCACCCCGCUUCAUGUCUCUGUGAGGACCGGACAUCAAGAUUGUGUCGAACAUCUGAUUCAAUGUGGAGCUGAAAUUAAUACACAGGACAGAGAAGGUGACUCUCCUCUUCAUGAUGCUGUUCGUCUUAAUAGAUGUAAAAUUGUUCAGCUGUUGUUGGAGCACGGAGCAGACACUCGCAUCACCAACCAGGACGGCUGCUGUCCCAUGGACGGGGUGCUGGAGUGGCAGAAUGAAACAAAGUCUCUUCUGAGCGACCAGAAAAGGAAGUGAAGACUCAUUUGUUCUUCAUCUCUGGGUGAAACAGAAACACGUCGAUAUAUUACAGAUAUAAAUACAGAUAUCUGUUGUAUACAUGUUGAAGUUAUAUAUCUGUGUUCAUGGAUAAAGCUCAAUAAAUCUGAACAGGUCAA